AUGCACAGCCUGGGAAGGACUCUUCAAGAAUUCUCGUUUGGAAUUGUCGGAGAGAAUUGGCCAACGUCAAUACAAGAACUACGACAUGUGACAACAUUGCAAGUAGGCCCAUUGUCACUGUCCACUUUGCCGGACCAUGCAUUUAUACACAUGCCGCUAGUAAAACUGACCUUCGCCGAAACAAAUCUUGAAGCCAUUCCGCACGUCAUUUGCAGAAUCAAUCAACUCCGCUCUCUGGAAUUCAACACAACCAACGUUGUCGACUUUGCCACGAUGGUUCCCCAUUGCGCAACAGGUGGUCAUCAUUAUGAAGGUCUUCACUCCCUGACGUUAGCUGGCACUGACCUGUACGAACUACCAAUGAACAUCUUCUCAUCUUUUCCGCACCUGACCUCGCUGCGAAUCUACGACCUGAAAGACGCAUCCUCGAGCAAUAUUAACAACAUUCAAUUUCCAUCGAAUAACAAGAUUCGGCACCUCGGACUUGAUUCGAAUAAUCUUGUCUCGAUUCCUCGCAGCAUAACAACACUGCCGCAUCUUCAGUCUCUUGACUUGGCGAGAAAUCAGAUUCAGUGCGGGUGCUUGAUGUCGUGGAUGCUACAUUGGGAGGGUCGACAGAACGUCAACAUCACCGGGGAAUGUGAAAACUACAAUAUGAGCAUCGCCGACUUUAUUGACACAAAACUGAAGACAUUUUGUCAUUAG